UAAUCCUGUUCUCAUGGUUCCUUUUCUUUUGAAACUAACUUUAAAAUGGCCGUUUGUGGAAAUGUAACUCCGGUUGAGUAAAUUAAGCGAACAACGAGAGGACGCAGGUGUAACGAGCUGAGGUUUAUUUGGAGGAGCGUGCGUUUCACACUCCUCCCGGUCAGCAGUGCGCGCGGCCGCGACAGAGGGCUCCGCCGCUGUACACCGUGAACGCGCCUCUCCAUGCGGUUUAAAUAAAGGAGCAAAAGCAGGAAAAGAAAUAUCUGUGACGAGAAGACAUGAAGCUGCGGCUGAAGCCGACAGCAGAAGCCGCUUUUAUUGUCUCAUCUGAGCCCGGAACCGGUGCCCGGCGGGUCCGGUUCUCCUCUCCUCUCCUCCGCUCUUUGUCAGCGGGUUCACACACUGACCACACACGGGCGGGUUUGCUGGUUUUCUCUCAAUGAAGACGCUCUAUCGGAGACCGACUCGAUCUUAGGACGUCAGUGAACCGGCGGCGUUUUAAUCUUUUGGUUGUUUCGUGCAGAGAGGCUGGUGGGCUUUCAUCUGCUGCUGGGUUUAACCACCUUUGUUUGGAGAAAAGAAGCUGAUGCUGCGGUUCACUCACACUGACGGAGGAGGAAUCACCCAGCAGGUCUUUAAUUACCCAUUUCUUUUUUUUAAUCAGCCAGUUGAUGCUAGUUUCUCUUACCGGGACUGUGGGAGUCUGGACGUACCACUGAUGGGCUCGUUUCAGCUGUAUUUUUUAAUUUUUGUGUGUUGUUGGUGACUCUACGUUGCGCUUGGUGUCCUCGGUCUUUUGUGUGGAACUGGUCUUUCAGUUCCGGACUGUCCUGGUUCUCUCCCGGUCCUUACCGGCCUCAGGAGCACAAUGCCGGAGUGUGUGUCGGUAUCAGAGUUCGUCCAGGAGGUUCAGGAGGACUGGAACUCUCCCACUACCUCCUCUUUCACCUCCAAGAUGAUCAGCUGCAGGAACACAGUCUACCUGCUGGAGGAGGUUCUGGACAGCGACAGGUUGGUGCUACAGAAGAUGAAGAAAGCUGCAAAAGCCAAAUACACAUCAGGUCAAGGUACACACCCCAAAAUAUACAGACACACACAUGCACAUCCCCGUAUUGUUCCCUUUACUAACAGCAUUUCUGUGUCAGAACACGUGUCUCAUUUGGAGCAGUACAUUAACGCGAUGGAGAAGCUGUCGGUCAACUGUCACUCAAACGGAGAGACGGAGGUUGGCUCCGCCUUCUGCCGCCUGGCAGACUUUUCCAAAGAGCUCCUCUCUCCCAUGAAAAACCUGCUAAAGAGCAUGCUCCACAACAUCAACUUCUUCCUGGACUCUCUGGUUAAAGGAGACCUGAGGGAGGUGAAGGGGGAUCUGAAAAAGCCUUUUGAAAGAGCGUGGAGGGAUUAUGAGAGCAGAUUUAAACAGGUGGAGAAGGAGAAGAGGGAGUUAGCUCGGCAGUAUGGGAUGGUGAGGAGUGAGGUGAGCGGAGGAGAGAUCGCGGAGGAGCUGGAGAAGGAGAGACGCUCCUUCCAACUGAGCAUGUGUGAGUAUCUAAUUAGGGUCAAUGAGAUAAAGACGAAGCGAGGAGUCGACCUUCUGCAGAACCUCAUCAAACACUACCAUAGCCACAACAAUUUCCUGCAGGAGUGUGUUUCCACCACUCAGAGGCUGAAGCAGUACAUGGAUGAGCUCAACGGAGUCCUGACCACGGUGAAGCAACGUCAGGAUGAGGAGAAGAGACAGCUGUGCACACUCAGAGAUCAGCUGAGGCCGGUCGUCCACACGGAGCAGGACUCUUUGCCUAAGCAGGUGUACAAUAUGCAUCAGCUGCUGGGAGACAAACAGUACGGGACGGAGAGAACAGGAUUCCUCUACAAGAAGAGUGACGGGUUGAGGAAAAUGUGGCAGAAGAGGAAAUGUUCAGUUCACAACUGUUACCUGACCAUCGCGCAUGCUACUCCGAACAAACCUCCCACCAGACUCAACCUGCUCACCUGUCAGGUUAAACCCAGCGUGGAGGAUAAGAAAUGCUUUGACCUUAUCUCCCAUAAUCGGACCUACCACUUCCUGGCUGAAGAUGAAGCUGAGUGUGUGGCCUGGAUGUCGGUGCUCACUAACAGCAAGCAGGAGGCUCUGAGUAUGGCUCUGGACGGGGGGAGAAAAGGAGGAGGAGGGAGUGAGAGCAGCGUGGAGGAUCUGACCCGAGCCAUCACCGAUGACAUCAAACGGAUGCCGGGAAACAACAGCUGCUGUGACUGCGGCGCACCAGAUCCUGGGUGGCUGUCUACAAACCUGGGUAUCCUGACCUGUAUUGAGUGUUCAGGCAUCCACAGGGAAAUGGGGGUCCACGUCUCCAGGAUCCAGUCUCUGAGCCUGGACAGUCUGGGAACCUCAGACCUGCUGUUGGCCAGGAAUGUCGGUAAUUCUGGUUUUAACGAAAUACUGGAAGCCAACCUGCUGAGUCCGUCACUGAAGCCCUCUCAACACAGCCACAUGCCGGAGCGUAAAGACUUCAUCCUGUCAAAGUAUCAAGAUGUUAACUUUGUGAGGCGGAGUCAUAGCUCUACUUCGGCGCUGCGACUUCGUCUGCAGGAGGCAACCAAGAGCUGCGAUAUCUACACUCUGAUCCAGCUGUACGCUCAGAGGGCAGAGCUGAGCCAGCCACUGCACGCACACAUACAGGAGAAAGGGGAGACAGCGCUCCAUUUAGCUGUCCUACUGGCUGACAGGACAUCACUGCACAUCCUGGACUUCCUGGCUCAGAACUGCUCUAAUGUUGAUACACAGACAUCAGCGGGAAACACGGCGUUGCACUACAGCUGUCUACACAACAAGACCGACUGUGUGAAGCUGUUGCUGAGAGCCAGAGCCAACACACACAUCAAGAACGAGUUAGGAGAAACCGCUCUGGAUGUGAGCCGCAGGUUGAAGCACACCCAUUGUGAGGCACUGUUGCAGAAAGCCCAGUCCAACCAGUUUGACCAUCACGUCCAUGUGGAGUACGAGUGGAGGAUUCGUCAUGACGACCUGUACGACAGUGAUGAUGACUUUGAUGACAAGAAUGGUCCGUUGAAAAAGGAGCGCUCCACUUCCUCCUCAUCCUCUUCUUUCACCCCCUCCUUCUCCUUCUCCUCCCGUCCCUUCAGCUUCAGUCAGUCCAACUCCUCCUGUGUCAUGUUGUCCUCCUCUGGAACACCCGGAGGACCAGCUGGAGGCCUUCUCAGUGUGGGGAGGAGACUCGCCAUGGCUAUGGAGCUUCACAGCCAUCCCGCUGGCUCCGUCCCCAGCCCACCACCUCCUCCUCCAUCCUCUCCUGCGCCCCCGCUGCCUCCCAGGGUCAAAGCUCCCAAUGUUCCUCCUCCUCCACCUCCGUCUGGAGGAGAUGGUAUGGGGGAGGAAGAAGAGGGAGAGGGUGAGGUAUUCUUUCCCCUGACAGGAAAUAGAAGGAUUACCCCUCCCUCUCCCAUCGCCGUCCGACACAAGCGGAGCUGCUCUGAGUCCAGUAAGCACGAUUAUGGGUUGCCAGCCAGUCCCAGGAUAUACAGUGGUCCAGACUCCUCCUUCAGGAAGUGUGUUCCAGCUUCUCCUCUCAGCUCACUGACUGAACGAUCUGACAGAGGUUUUCGGAGGGCGGACAGUGAAAGUGGCUCCUCCCAUUUCCAGAUCCUCAACAGUAAGGCACCAAUAAAUGGCUCUCCAUCCAAUCAGCGCUCUCAGAGCUUUGAAAGUGAAAGCAGAGGCUCCGCCCCUCAACCACUUCCUCGUAGAUCACUGCCUCGAGGAGCAUCCAGUCGUCGGGUUCAGGCGCUGUAUGACUGCCAGGCCGACCACCAUGACGAGCUGAGCUUUUCUGAGGGCCAGGUGCUGGUGGUCCUGGGACAGGAGGACAAUGAUUGGUGGCAUGGUUACAUAGAGGAAGAACCAGACCAGAGAGGGUUGUUUCCGUCCUCAUUCGUCCAGCCGCUGUCUGACUGAUGUGAAACCAGAACUGGGCUGACCUCAGACCAGCACAAAUCCAGAUCACCACAGAGCUCUGGAGAACUAAACCACAUCAGAACACCUGAUCUGCAGAUGGACCAGGUCAGAUGUUCAGAGGCUUCAAAUGUUCAUGGUCCUGACACGGUUGUCACAGCAACCGGUGUUCCUCAUGCCUUCAGUUACCAUGGAAACAUUAUGGAUGACCUUCAGUAAAGACAACACAUUAUUUUUAUGUGGCUCCAGUUAGGUCAGGAAAAAAACAAUGAGACAGCCUCGGACAGACCAAACAGCCAGCACUCGAGGCUGCUGUAGCCCGGACUUUAUUUAUUUACUCAAAAAGCAAAAAAAUAUUUAAGCACAAAGGGCAAAUCACAAGAAACAGCAAUCCCCUGGAUUUUUAUUCUGAAGGUAAUCUGGGCCUCAUUUUCUUUUGAUUUUAUUAUAAUUUAUUUAUGUUUUCUGAAUUUGUGGCUAGCCAAAACACACAAGCUACUGCUGCCACAUUUUAGGUGUCGAUAGACCCGGACUCAGGCCAUAUUAUUGAUCAGAUCUGUUGGUUACAGCUGCUUACCCGGAUAGCACAAAACACUCUGAGAUGCCAAGGACCAAAGCUCUAAAGUGAGAUAUGAAAGGUGGACUUCAUGGGAGACUCGCAUUUCCUUCCAGUUGCCUUCGAUGUCCCAAGAUAUCACAUCGCCUCAGUGAACACAGCAGUGUGUUGCUGCCACGUUUGCAAAAUGAAUUUACUCAGUGCUCAAGUCUCAAAACUUCUCAUUAUAAUGAGUUACUUCUGUCGUGAUUAAAUAAUUCUGUUUUAAGAAGAACCGUUGUAUUAACAUUAUAACCAGGGAUGGAAAGUUUUAUAAUUAUUUUAUUUGGCUAUUUGAGAAAAAUAAGACCUAAAAUUCAAUCUCAGUAAAAGUACUGAGUUAUUUUAGACAUAGUUAAACUUAAGCAACAAUUAAAAAAAAAAAGAAGCUUAUGUAAUAUACAUAUAUACUCAAGUAAUGGCGUCAAGCACAAAAGUAAAGCACAAAAAUAGACAAACUUGGUACUUUAAGACAGUAGAAUUUAAUCAUUGUGCAUAACCUGCAUGUGUUGGAUAUGACUUUAAGAGAAAACACAAAUCUUCUUAAUGUAUGUUCAAUAAUAAUAAUAAUAAUAAUAAUAAUUGGAUAAGAAUUUUUAAUGUUACAUGUUUUAUUUUCCCAUUAAUCGUUUGUGUAAUUCUUUUAUUAGGUCCGUAAUAGUGAGCUAAGCACCGGAACUUCAUAUAGCACAUUUUGUAUGAUUUGUGUAAAACUUUUAGUAAAAUAUAGAAUAGGUUCUACUGAGGCACCAUGUUAUGUGGUACAUUUAAUGAGGCAAAAACACAAAACAAAAAGGGAAUUGUGUACUGGACAUCCUAGCAUAAUGUAACUAACACCCAUUCAGACUGAAUUUAGAACAGCUUUUUGCUUUUUAAGGCAUUAUUUGUACUUUAGUGACCUGUGGCCACUCAACUUGACUACUUCCAUUCCUGGUUACAACAACAUAUCAGCUUAUAAUAACCCCUGGAAAAAAGUUUGGAAUUAUUAAAAAGAGUAAAAAAAAAAGUCUCCUGUCUAGCAAAUGAACAAAUUGUUUAAUUGCUCUGGCUUUAUGAAACAUGCCUCAACCAAAUGUAAUACUUUUUUUGAUAAAGAAGAUCAUCAAAGUACCUCCCCUCAGGCUUAUGCAAUGGCCUGAGCACAUGUACUGGAAGGGAAACUAGUUUUGACAAGGAGGCAUUUUGCUCAACUCAUUUUGCUAUGUUAUUAAAAAGAAACAUCUAAAAAAAGUGUGUGUGUGUACACAAAACUUUAAAGAAAAACAAGCAACCGUAUCCAUAAUUCUGGAUGAAUGACCUCUCCUUAGUUUCAAAGAAACACUAAGGAGAGUACUUCCACAAGUCCAACCUACACAGGCACAUGUGCUCCUCCAAAUGUCAAACUAGUUACUGCAGUUGUUACAGAAUCAAUGAGCCGCUGUUAACUAAAUAAUUAACUUGAGCUGCAGUAAGUCAAGCAUGAUUCAAAUUAAACACUGUUGAAAAACGUCAGUAGAAUUCAGCUGACCUUCGUGAAUAGACCCCCAAAGCUCCCCCAUAACAUCAACACUGGGUUUCAUCCAUGAAAAGAAACAUUCUCCAUCAAGCUGAUUCCAGCUUUC